AUGGUGAAAAAACCGAAUGGAAAAUGGAAAAUCUGUACUGAUUACACGGAUUUAAACAAAGUUUGCCCGAAGGAUGCUUAUCCUAUGCCCAACAUAGACCAGCUGGUGGAUAAUUCGGCUGAAUUUCGUCUGUUGCCUUUCAUGGAUGCCUAUUCAGGAUACAACCAGAUCCCGAUGUACCCAGCUGAUCAGGAAAAAAUGGCCUUCAUUGCUGAAAAUGCCAACUAUUGCUACAAUGUGAUGCCAUUUGGGCUUAAAAACUCAGGGGCAACUUACCAGAGAAUGAUGAAUAAGGUCUUUAAAGAUCAGCUGGGGAAAAAUGUAGAAGUAUAUGUAGAUGAUAUGAUCGUGAAGUCAUUCGAUAUGGUGAAUCAUGUCCGGGAUCUUGAGCAAACCUUUCAAAAGCUCAGAAAGUAUCGCAUCCGUCUCAACCCAGUCAAGUGCGCAUUCGGGGUGGCAGCUGGAAAAUUUCUCGGUUUCAUGCUAACCCAUAGAGGAAUAGAGGCAAACCCGGAUAAAUGUAAGGCAGUUCUUGACAUGAUUGUGCCUCAAAGUAAAAAGGAGGUUCAACAGCUAACCGAACGUUUAGCGGCGCUAACACGGUUCCUUCCGAAAUCGGCAGAACAUGCCCUCCCAUUCUUUAAACUUUUAAAGAAAGAAGCAACUGACGGAUGGAACCCAGCGUGCGAAGCCGCGUUUGAAAAAAUAAAAAAGUGUUUAUUAACUCCACCGAUCCUCUCAAAGCCAAACACAGGAGAUGUUUUAAUUCUGUAUUUGGCAGUAGGGGAGGAAGCAAUAAGUGAUGUACUGAUCAAGGAAAAAAACGGAGGCCAGGAGCCAAUUUACUUUGUCAGUAGAGCACUACAAGGUGCAGAGGUCAGGUAUCAAAAGCUAGAAAAAGUGGCUUUUGCCCUAUUAAUCACGGCUAGAAGGUUGCGGCCGUAUUUCCAGGGCCAUCAAAUCAUUGUGAGGACUAACCAGCCUAUUCGGCAAGUGUUGCACAAACCAGACCUGGCAGGUAGAAUGGCUAACUGGGCAAUAGAGCUCAGUGAAUACGACAUUGUUUAUGAAAGUCGGAAAGCAAUCAAGGCACAAGCCUUAGCCGACUUCGUAAUGGAAUUAACACCACAGAACUCGGAGCAUGAGGAACACGGGGAUGCAUGGAAGGUCUACGUUGAUGGAUCUUCCAACAUUAGAGGAAGUGGGGCUGGAAUCAUAUUAGAAAGCCCAGAAGGAGUGACCAUAGAGCAUUCUCUGAACUUGGGAUUCCCAACUUCCAAUAAUCAAGCUGAAUAUGAAGCCUUAAUAGCUGGUUUGAUUCAGGCCAAAGAACACGGCGUUAGGAAAGUGCACAUGUUCAGCGACUCACAGCUGGUAACCUCGCAGAUAGAAGGAAAAUACCAAGCUAAAGGUCCUCUACUGAUGAAAUACCUGAGCCGGGUUCAGGAAAUUAUGGCCGACUUCGAUGAGGUCCGGGUUUCUGACAUCCCGCGAGGGGAGAAUAGCCGAGCUGACAUCUUGUCGAAGCUAGCCAGCACCAAAAAUCCGGGGAAUCACAGAACUGUGGUGCAUCAAAGCAUAACGACGCUGAGUUGUGUGAUGGUGGUAACCUCUGUAAAUGACUGGAGAAAACCUCUGGUUGAUUAUUUGGAGAAAGGCGUACUGCCAGAGGAUCGCCUGGAAGCCAGGAAGCUGGUUCGAGAUGCGACCCAAUAUGCGAUCGUGAAUGACCAGCUAUUCAGAAAGGGCUUGCAUAAUCCCAUGCUAAAAUGCUUGGACUCGGAAGGAGCCGAGUAUGUUCUUGCCGAGAUCCAUGAAGGGAUAAAUGGGCACCAUAUGGGUGGUAAAGCCUUGGCCAGAAAAGCCCUCACAGCUGGUUAUUACUGGCCAACCAUGGGGGAAGAUUCUAAAGAGCAUGUCAAGAAAUGUGACAGCUGUCAGAAGCACGGCAAGUUGAUCCUUUCACCACCGGAAGAGAUGAAAUCCAUCUCGGCCCAAUGGCCCUUCUUCAAAUGGAAAAUCGAUCUGCUAGGACCUUUUAAAGCGGCUGAAGGACAACUCAAGUGGUUGAUCGUGGCUGUGAACUACUUCACAAAGUGGAUAGAAGCAGAACCAGUCACCACGAUCACCUCGGCUCGAGUGCAAAGAUUCUUUGAAAGAAAUAUUGUCUCAAGAUUCGGAAUUCCAGCCGAGGUGGUUACUAAUAAUGGAACGCAGUUUGCUGAUAAGAAAUUCCAGCAGCUAAUGAAAGACCUACGCAUCACCCAUCGUUUCGCGUCCGUGGAGCACCCACAGUCAAAUGGGUAG